AUGACUCCGCUGUUAGUUGUUUGUGUUGUUGUUGGCGUUCUUGUCCUGCUAUAAAUACUUACACACACGUCCACUCUUCCUCGCCAUCCCCUGUCCUCCUCCUCCUCCUCCUAUAUUAUAUUAUCAUCAUAUAUUUAUACAUAAACACAGUCUUCAUAUUCUCAAUCACACAAUCACAAUGGGCGGCGAUCUCAAGGCCAAGUUUCUGGAGGUCUACUCUGUUCUCAAAUCCGAAUUGCUGAGCGACCCUGCCUUCGAAUUCACCGAUGAUUCUCGCCUCUGGGUCGAAAGGAUGCUAGACUACAAUGUGCCUGGAGGGAAGCUGAAUCGGGGGCUUUCUGUUAUUGACAGCUACAAACUGUUGAAAGGACAAGAACUUGAUGAUGACGAAAUUUUCCUUUCAAGCGCACUUGGUUGGUGUAUUGAAUGGCUUCAAGCUUACUUUCUUGUGCUUGAUGACAUUAUGGAUGGCUCGCACACACGCAGAGGUCAACCUUGUUGGUUCAGAGUGCCCAAGGUUGGUAUGAUUGCUGUCAAUGAUGGCAUUUUGCUUCGCAACCAUAUCCCAAGGAUUCUAAAGAAACAUUUUCGGCAAAAACCUUACUAUGUGGACCUGUUGGAUCUAUUUAAUGAGGUGGAGUUCCAGACAGCUUGUGGACAGAUGAUAGAUCUGAUCACCACCCUUGUAGGAGAGAAAGACUUGUCUAAGUAUUCAUUGCCUAUUCACCGCCGGAUUGUGCAGUACAAAACAGCUUACUACUCAUUUUAUCUUCCAGUGGCCUGCGCGCUUCUUAUGGCUGGUGAAGAUCUUGAGAAACAUACUAAUGUGAAGGACAUACUUAUUGAAAUGGGAACGUAUUUUCAAGUGCAGGACGAUUACCUGGAUUGCUUUGGUGCACCAGAGGUAAUUGGGAAGAUUGGAACAGAUAUCGAAGAUUUCAAGUGCUCCUGGUUGGUUGUAAAAGCACUUGAACUUUCUAAUGAGGAACAGAAGAAGUUUCUAUAUGAAAACUAUGGAAAGGAGGAUCCAGCCUCUGUAGCUAAAGUGAAAGAGCUAUACAAUACUCUCAAGCUUGAGGAUGUAUUCGCAGAGUAUGAGAGCAAAAGCUAUGAAAAGUUGAUCAACUUCAUUGAAGCUCAUCCAAACACAUCUGUGCAAGCAGUGUUAAAAUCAUUUUUGGGAAAGAUAUACAAGAGGCAAAAAUAAGAGAUGGUCUCGUAGCCACCCGGUCAGAUCAAUAGUGUCAGAAGUCCCUGUGUUGUGAUGCUUUCUAUUGUCAUUGUUAUGGGCAUCCCAUAUUUAUAUCAGUUGUCGUCUUUUUCAGUGUAUUGCAAGUCAAGAUGUAUUGUAACAAUACAUUUGUUUUUCCUGUUAUUUAACUUUUACAACUAGACUAGAUUAUUUUGCUUGGACA